CCGCGGUGAUUCGGGAGACAGCAGCUCGACGUUCACCAGCCCCACUGCGCACUCGGACCUCGCGCGCUGACGAGAGCGAACAAGUCGGGGACAUGGCGUUCUGGACCAUUCUUCUCGCCGCCGUGGCGGUCCUGUUACUUUCUACCGACGACUCCCUGGCGCAAAUGAAAGGGAAUAUCUGCGAGAUGGACGAAGCCAGGAUUACGGAGCUCUUGGACUGCAUUUUGUCCAAGUCGCCGAAAGGGACGCUGGAGUUGUGGGAGAACACCAAGGCCAUGUUUGGGGGCAAGUCACCGGCCCAGGCCGUUCUGUCGAUGUGCAGCGCCUCCCCUGGGGCGGGCGAAACCCUGAUUUCAGAAUUCACGAACCAGCAAACUAGAGCAGACAAGCCGAAGUUCAAGAAGGCUCUCAAGGACUGCAGCUCUUGAAGUGAAGCGCGACGGCGUACUUCGAACAACUCCAUUUCCGCGUUAGAUUAAGUGCUCACAGAGCGUACCUCUUGCGCAUGCAUGCAGUACAAGAAAAUCAGCGACAUGUCAAGCUGACAACACUUGUCUCCUCGGCUUUUACUCUCAUUCAAUAAAAGGUGCGCUGUUGCGCUUUUCUUCGUUAACGCCAAA